GAUAAAGAACACACAAGCUUUUUACAACCUUUAAUUGCAUCUCAGUCAAUAGCAAUGAAUGUAAUAGGUUAAGAAAAUUGGUUUGGUCUUCCAAAGCAAUGUUCUCUGUCCAGUGCUGUCUCAGCACCUGCAGUCCUCCCCAGUGGAAUCCAGUGCAACCAGAACUCCUUUCACUAUGCCAUGCCUGUUAGCUGGGCAGCUAUGGAAGUGAAGGGAGAAGAAAUACUGCGUCUGAAAUUACACAGAAAUUCAGAUUUCGCUGACAGUAUCCCUGCAAAUGAGUAAGACAUAACGAAUCCUAAUGAGCUGUGGGGCAGGAAAAAUAUAUUUAAGGUUUUCCAGGAUGAAUGAACUGGACACCCUGAUCAAAGUACACAAUCAUUUGAUUGGUACAAGCUGAUCAUGGGGAUCCAGGCACAAAUACAGAAAACAAGGAAGAGAGAGAUCUAGUUAAUAAGUAAUUCCUCACCAUAACGCAAGUUUGAGCAAACAAUACAGUCUCCCAACAAUAAAGACAGUAUCUCAGCUGAAAUACUCUCCGGCACAAGGAUAUUAUUCCUUUUCUCACCAAGAAGAAAAUGAAAAACAAGACAAGUUUUCUUCCCAAAGAAGGAGAAGCCCAGCCUUCCAGGUGUCCAGAUAACAGUGCAUUCAAACAGCAGAGGCUGCCAGCUUGGAAGCCCCAGCUCACCAUUGCAUCUGUGCUCUCCAGCUUCUUUCUGACAGGGGCAUUCUGCAUCACUGUGGGAGUCUGCCUUGUCCUGUCUGCAAACAGCGUCAGAGAAAUACAGAUAGAUUAUUCAGAUAAAUGCUCAGAUUGUUCAAAGUUCCGUGAAAAUUCCUCUAACUGGAAUAAGGAUUGCCAAUGUUCUGUUAAUUUCACGCUAAAGGAAGCUAUAUUGGGUGACAUUUUUAUGUACUAUGGUCUGCAAAACUUCUAUCAAAACCACCGUCGAUACGUGAUGUCAAGAAGUGACGCGCAGCUGUUGGGCCGAAAUGUAAACAUCCAGCGGAGCUACUGCGCGCCCUUCAGCACCUACCGCAACGGGACCCCAAUGGCGCCGUGCGGGGCCAUCGCCAACAGCAUCUUCAAUGAUACUAUUGAUCUAUUUUACAAUCAUAACUCAUCUGUGAUUCAAGUGCCACUGUUGAAGACUGGGAACAGUUGGUGGACAGAUAAAAAUGUGAAAUUUCGCAAUCCUGAUUCAUACAAUCUCUCUUCUGCAUUUGCAGGCACGGCCAGACCUCCUUACUGGCAGAAACCAGUGUAUCUGUUAGAUGAGGAGGAUGAGAGGAACAAUGGUUAUGUCAACGAUGACUUCAUUAUCUGGAUGCGAGUGUCGGCCUUCGCGACCUUCAGGAAUCUCUACCGGCGCGUCAGACGGGUGCGGCGCUUUGCGGAGGGCCUGCCAGCAGGGAAUUACACCUUCCGUAUUUCCUACAAUUUCCCUGUUGCCAGAUUCAAGGGGAGGAAGCAUGUGAUUCUUUCAACCGUGGUGUGGAGCGGUGGGAGUAACCCUUUCCUGGGAAUUGCCUACCUGGUUUCUGGCUCAGUAGCAACCCUGACAGGUUUUGUCAUAACUGGCAUCCACUUGAAGCUCAGGAAAAAGAAAACAUACUUUCAGAAGCAAUAAGGUUCACCUGACUUUCUGAACAAAGACAGAAGUGUGCAGUGAACAAAGAAGGUGCAGCACAGACCGUUCACUCUUUCCCCUGAGCUCUGGACCAUUCUCAGUGUCAGGUUUGGUGAAUGUAAGCAAACUGAGGGGCAGGGCUACUCCAUCAUCUGAAACCAAACUUACCUGAGGUGCCAUUCUCAUUAAUGGAUGUGUGAGCCUAAAUUUAUUUCCUCAGAAGCAAGAUGAGCUUCAAACAACAGCCAGCACAGCAGAUUAGAAUUGCAAUGGCAGAGAAAUUAUGUGGUACCAAUGCCUGGCCAGAAAUCAGGGUCCAUAGCAAUUUCUUACUCAGCCCAUAGUCCAGACAACAUUUCUCUUAACUGAAAUGGAGCUUUGGAUGGGCAAAAAGUGAGGUCUUGAUCCAAAAAAAAGCUUGAGUAGGAAGAACGUGAUGCUUAAAUCUGCCUGUGGGCCACGUACAUGUGCUGAAUGGCUUGGCUUGGGCUUUAUGAACCUUUUUCAGCUAUGUUGAAAAAGCAACCAAUUUACAUCAGUGUAUUCACUCCAAUUUGACACCUGAUUUGUGGUUGAAUACAGGGCAUUUAUUAGAAGUUCAGAGUUUGUUUAGACCAAAUUUAUUGGAUUUAUCAAACACCUGAGAGCUGGAGGGCAUCCAGUCACUAAUUUGCAUUUUUUAAAUUACAGUUUAAUAGCAAUCCUAAAUUAAAAACUCCAUUAAUGCAAAAUAUUUUAGCAGAACCAUCUACUAAUUUAACUGUUAGGCCAAAACUGCAUUCCUACCUACCUCUCUCUUCCAUGUAAAAGUUCACAAAUUCUUACAUGACACAGAAUGCUAAUUUAUCAUCAAUAAAAAACAAAGCACCAGAUAAUCUGUCAAUUUAAAGCAUACACUGCAGCUCAUGAAUAGGUUCAUCAAUGUUCAUGUUUCAUGUUCAAAAUUUGACACAUUUAGGACUUAUUUCUAGUCUCACAAAAUGAAGGAGCAGCACUGAAGAAUUUAGGUCAAGCAUACUGUGUUAGGUGUGAAUUUUUUAAAAUAGUUUUUCUGUUGUAAAAGUGCAAGUGGAAUAAAACACUUUCAAUUUCUUUCAUAAGUAUUUUGUGUG